AUAGAACGAGAUACGUUCUUAGACGAGGAACUCCGAAAUAAUCUUAUCGCACUCGCCAAGGAGAAGAAGAUACCAGUGGAGUCAGGUCUAACGCUAUGUGCUGACGAUUUUUAUGAGGGGCAAAUGCGUCUUGAUGGUUUCUUUUGUGAAUACAAAUCGGAUGACAAAUACGAGUUUCUGAAGAGGCUUCACGAUAGAGGCGUUAGGAAUAUUGAAAUGGAAAGCACAUGUUUCGCUUCGAUGACUUAUCGCGCUGGUGUUAAAGGUGAGCUUCAAUAG